GUUAGUUUAAAAGAGCACUCGUCAUCGUGUGCGCAGUCCAAUACGCGUCCGCAGUUCGAGAGAAAAAACUACUCCCAUCGGUCGUAUUCCGUUUUUCGUUUUUUUCUCCUCUCGCCAUACACCUGUAGGUAGAAAAUACAAACGUCGACCGAUCAUCACCGUCAAUAUAAUUUAUUGUUCAUAUAUUGUAACACGCUUGUGUAUAAUUAUAGAAAUCGUAUAGUAUUAGUAUAAUAUAAAACCGACGAGUGCGACGCGCGUUUACAGAUAACACGGUUGGUCCGUCUAUUACUAGUCCGUAUCAAAAUACUGAAUACCACAUACACACACACUCACAUACACAUUCACACACGUUCUCAAACGUAGCAUAAAUCAUCGUGUCAAUAACGUAUUGCGGUGUAGUAUUAUUUGUCGUCGCCAUCGUUCAAGUAAAACGCGAAAAAUGUUAACAAACUUCGUUUGAUAUAUCUACACAAAGGUACCUGAUCCAAACCACUCUUCCGCCACCGAUCUAGUCGUCCGGAGAAAAUCUGUGAACUGCCUAACGACCACCAUCACCGGUGUCCUCCACACGUCGUCAAACGACAAAAUUUCCAUGAAAAUGACGGAAAUGAACGCGGUCAACACGCAGAGCAUCGCCGACUAUUUGGCGCAAUUGCUUAAAGACCGCAAACAAAUCACCGCGUUUCCAAACAUGUUUAUGCACGUCGAGCGGCUUAUUGACGAAGAAAUAACCAAAGUCCGGGCCAGCCUAUUCGAAGUGAACGGCGUGAAGAAGGAACCGUUGGUACUGCCGGAACCAGACGGCGCGCCUGUCACUAUUACCGAAAAAGUGUUCGUGCCGGUUAAGGACCAUCCGGAGUUCAACUUUGUCGGAAGAAUAUUGGGUCCACGAGGUAUGACGGCUAAACAAUUGGAAUUAGAAACAGGAUGUAAGAUUAUGGUUCGAGGAAAAGGUUCAAUGCGUGAUAAGAAAAAGGAGGAACAAAACAGAGGUAAACCCAACUGGGAACAUUUAAGCGAAGAACUUCAUGUUUUGAUAUCCGUUGAAGACACUGAAAACCGGGCUAAGCUUAAGUUGAAGAGAGCUAUUGAUGAAGUUAAAAGGCUUCUUGUACCUGCUGAUGGAGAAGAUGAAUUGAAGAAACGCCAACUAAUGGAACUUGCUAUCAUCAAUGGUACUUAUAGGGACUCAAACGCUAAAGCCUUGGCAGCAGCUGCUUGUGAUGAAGAAUGGCGUAGGAUGGCUGUUGCAGCAGCUGCUGAGACACAGCGACUUUUGUCGCCACAUGGUAUGGGUGGUCUAGCCACAACUUUGCGACCACAAACCGCUACACCAUUAACUGCGCCACUUAUAUUAUCGCCACGUAUUCCGACUGCAAUUACUACCAGUGGUGGAAAUCCUGGUGCACCUCAGUUAUUAUCUCCAGCUGAACAUCAUCAUCAUGCUGCAGCAGCAGCUGCUGCAGCUGGUCUUAUAUAUACACCAUACGCUGAUUAUGCCAACUAUGCAUUAGCUGGAUCACCAUUGAUCACAGAAUACACUCCUGCCGAUCAUUCGGAAUGUUCGGCCAGAUACAUGCUAAUGGUUCCAGAACUACAAGGGCUCACCUACCGUCACUGGCCAAAUCAACCAGGUGCAGCAGCCGCGGUUGCGGCGGCGGCUCAGGUCGCCAAACAAAGAAGGCAUUUGACUCAGAUCAGGGAUCAUCCGUAUCAGAGGGUUGGCACUUCGAUUGUCAAUUAAAAAAAAAAAAAAAAACCAAAAUUAAAAAAAAAGUUCUUUGAAUCUGAAAGGCUUGCGGAGAUCUAACAUACUGGACCUUUAUUUUAACACCACACAAUGCAGCCUGCGGCCGAAGUGCGACGAUUGCCAGACGGAACUAUAAUUAACAACUAAACAAUAUCAUUCUGCGCACAUAUAUACACACUUAAAAAAACGCAAUGUUGCACUUAAAAUUAUUCGUCUAACCAAUAUCUGUCUGUCUAAUCAUUUUCGUAUAAUAAUAUUUGUUUUAUUUAUAUUAUUAUAGUGUUUAAUGUUGUUUCGUAAUAUUACAAUUUAAAGA